AUGUCAUCCCCCUGGCCAUGGCAUUUCGUGUCCCUAUCCGAAGACGAGAUACUGCGCCGCCGCGACUUGCUUGACUUACGCGGCUCCUAUGCGCAGUGGUCCAUACUUGCGGCGAUCAUCGUCAUCCGCAUCUACCGAUUCUCAAGCACCGCGUCAGCACCCACGCUCAAACCGCGCCGCGGACCGACCUCCUGGUUGGAUCUCCCUCUUGUCUCUGGGUCCAUCGAAACCCGAAGACAAUAUCUCAUCUGCGGCACGUGGCUUGUGUGGCUUCUUAGUCUUUCGGUGUGGAAUAGCGGGGAUGAGCGAACACAAUCUAACAAGAAUAUGCCAGACUAUCUCCAUCUGACAAAAGCAAUGGCCCACAUCGCCCUCUCCCAGAUCCCGCUGCAAGUCCUCAUGUCGCCAGCAGCAUACAUCUCAUCCACAAAACCAUCCGCCGCAUCCAUGGUUUCGGUCUUGACUUCACUCCCGCAGUCAACGCUAACGCCGUACCACCGUCUCUUUGGGCGGGUGGUCAUUUCUGCUCUUCUGUUGGGGCAUGCAAUCCUCUACCUAUCGUUCUUCGUGCAGUCUAGUCACCCCGAAUUUGGGUCCCUGCUCUUGAAACGAGUGCGUGAUUCCGAUGUGCAGUGUGGACUUGUCGCUAUUUCAAUGGUGGUGUCGAUUUUAUUGUAUGUGCGCCCCCGUGCUGCUGUGUCCAAGGGGGCACUCUCGUCGUCAUCGCCGUUGGGUUCGAUGCAAGACCGGAGGCGGUCUUUUUAUGCUGGCCAUGUGUUGUUGGUGCUGGGGCUGUGUCUGGCUGCUUACUUCCAUGUGGCAUACGCGCAGUUUUAUAUGUUGCAGGCUCUGGGCGCUUUUGUGGUUAAUGGGGUGUGUUCGUGGGUAAUGGUACAACGAAGUUGA